AUGUCAUACACCGAAAGGGCCCCGACUAUCACGUAUACGCUCAUUGCGGGCUUCGCCGUUUUUUUACUCUUCAAAAUCGCGCAAUGGGUUCGGGGAACUCUCCGGCCCAAGGCAUUCCCACCAGGGCCCCCGAUAAUUCCGGGUCUUGGGAAUCUACUGGAUGUGCCUCUGCAUAAGCCGUAUCUUCAAUUUCACAAGUGGUCAAAAGAGUACGGUGAUGCGGUGGGCAUCAAGGCCGGCACCGGAAAUCUGGUGAUUCUCAACACCCCAGCUCUGGUAUAUGAGCUGUUCGACAAACGUGGAGCAACAUGCUCGGACAGACCAGACUCUUAUGUGAUCUCCAAACACGUUGCCUACGGACCAGAAGAGAAACAGAUUGCCAUUUUGCAAUAUGACGACUACUAUAAACGAUGGCGCAAGGCCCUUCAGUACAUUCUCGCCAGCGGAGGGGUCAAAAGGGUCUUACCUCUUCUCGAGGCGGAGGCAUGUAGCUUGACACACAAGCUCCUCCAUGGGGGUGACAAGAACUACGUGGAGCAUCUUCAGUACUGGGCCUUCGCGGUGCCCCUCGUGAUCACUGUUGGCGAGCGACUGAAGGACAUGCCUCCUGAGUAUAUGGAGGAUUUCUUCCACGCCCAAGAGGAAAUUCUGAAACUCGCUAUUCCAGGAGUCGCUCCGCCGGUCGAUAUCUUCCCCAUCCUCAAAUACGUUCCCGAGUUCUGCUGUUCCUGGAAGAGUCACGCCCGACUCGUUCGACAGCUGAUUGUCGGCGACGCAAACAAAUUCCUCAGUGGUGGCCUGAAGCAGUUUAAGCAGAUCCAGGAGGACCCCAGUUCCGUGAGGUUUCAAAGCCUGCUGGCCAAGAUUAUGCUCGACCAGGCCGACGGAGAGUCCAAACAGAAGAAUUUCUCCACCACGGAGCUGGGCUUCGCCGGGCAGGGAAUGGUGGCUGCUGCCGUGGACACAACUGCCGCGACUCUCAAAAACCUGCUGGUCACCUUUGCUGCGUAUCCGGACAUCCUUGCCAAGGCGCAAGAAGAAGUCGAUCGAGUGGGCAAUGGAACACCGCCGACGAGCGACAGUCUCGGGCAAUUGACGUACCUGAGGGCCUGCAUUUCGGAGAUUCUUCGAUGGCGCCCAACCACUCCGAGUGCUUUUCCGCACGUUCUAACAAGAGAUGAAUCCGUGGGCGGCUACGUCUAUCCAAAGGGUACUAUGCUUAUUGCGAAUGCCUGGACAAUCCACCGCAACGAAGAGGAAUACGAUCGACCCGACGAAUUCAUUCCGGAAAGAUUUAUCGACAAUCCGUUUGGCAUGCGAAACGUUCCUGAUGUAAAAGACGCCAGCCGAAGAGUUCUGUACGCCUUCGGUUCGGGUCGGCGACAGUGUCCAGGCGAGCUUUUCGCUUACACGACCAUUUCUUUGACGUUAUCCAAGCUACUCUGGGCCUAUGAUAUUUUGCCGCCGCCGGGGGGUGUCGACAUAAGCGUCGAGACUGGAUUUCAGGAUGGGCUCGUCACACAACCCAUCAAUCCCAAGGUUCUGUUUCGACUGCGCGAUGAGAAGCGCGAAGGCGCUGUUGUGGACGAUUUGAGGCGAUCAGAGGCCAUUUCCAAGGAAAUCUUGGGCGACUCCUGA